UUUUCAUAUUUAACACAACUAUAUUAUGUAUAUUCAUAUAUAUCAUUUUGUUGUAUUGUUAAUUAAUUACGUUCUAACGCCAGUAAAACGAUAAAAAAUGUGUAAAAAUGACUCAUUGAGUCAACGGCAAUCAAUGCGAUUGAUGCAUUGCUGAAAACAAUGCAGUAUGAAAAUAUUUUCGGCAAUGAAUCGAGAUAUUAUUCUUCCAGAUAUUAUAUCAUACUAAUAUAUAUUUGACUACGUGGAAAAAGAAAUAAUGUUGAGCAGUGUAACAAAACAUAUCUUACAUUGUUGUUUGCUCCUUAUUGUCAUAACUGUUUUUGAAAUAAUUAUUGGUGGACUCGGGUGGAGUAACACUAAAAAGGAAACAUUUGAUUCAUGGGUUGAAUAUGGAUUUGUUGGUGCUUUCAUCUUAUAUUUUUUACGAACACUCACAUUUCUUUCGUUGCCUCAAGUAUUAUUCAAUUUUGUGGGAUUAACAAUAUAUAAUGCAUUCCCAGACAAAGUUGUUUUAAAAGGUUCGCCGUUACUUGCGCCGUUUAUUUGUAUUAGAAUAGUAACUCGCGGAGACUAUCCGCAAUUAGUAAAAGCGAAUGUUAGGAGAAAUUUGACCAAAUGCGUAGAAACGGGUUUGGAGAAUUUUCAGAUUGAAGUAGUCAGUGAUAAACCAAUUGGGUUAUCUCCUCAUCGAAGAAUUAGAGAAGUUGUUGUACCAACUAAUUAUCGUACAAGUAGCGGUGCUUUAUUCAAAGCACGAGCUUUGCAAUAUUGCUUAGAAAAUUCGGUGAACGAAUUAGCGGAUCAUGAUUGGAUUGUACAUCUCGACGAAGAGACUUUGCUGACUGAAAAUUCUGUUCGUGGAAUAUUGAAUUUUGUAUUAGAUGGAAAACACCAGUUUGGACAAGGUUUAAUAACGUAUGCGAACGAAGAUGUUGUUAAUUGGAUUACUACUUUAGCAGACAGUUUCAGAGUGGCAGAUGACAUGGGAAAGCUAAGAUUACAAUUUACCAUGUUUCAUAAACCAUUUUUUAGUAUGAAAGGUUCUUAUGUUGUUACUCAGAUGGGUGCUGAAAGAGAAGUUUCUUUUAACAAUGGACUAGAUGGGUCUGUUGCAGAGGAUUGCUUUUUUGCAAUGAAAGCGUUUACUCAAGGGUACACGUUUAACUUUGUAGAUGGUGAAAUGUGGGAAAAAUCGCCAUUUACAUUAUGGGAUUUUGUACAACAAAGAAAGAGGUGGUUACAAGGUAUACUUCUUGUCGUACAUUCCAAAGCUAUUCCAUUAAAUAAAAAGCUGCUUCUAGGCAUAUCGUGUUACUCGUGGGUAACGUUGCCUCUUUCUACUUCUAACGUUGUAUUAGCAGGACUUUAUCCUAUUACCUGUCCACCACUUAUAGACUUUUUAUGCGCUUUCAUUGGUGCGGUAAAUAUUUAUAUGUACGUAUUUGGAGUAGUUAAAUCAUUUUCUGUAUAUAGGUUUGGUCUUGCUCGAUUCAUAUUUUGUAUAUGUGGGGCAUUAUCAACAAUUCCUUUCAAUUUAAUCAUUGAAAAUGUUGCUGUUAUAUGGGGUUUGUUCGGAAAGAAACAUAAAUUUUAUGUUGUUAAUAAAGAAAUACUACCGAUCUAAAGAAGUAUUAAAAAUUGUUUUUAAACAGCAACAUACGUUUACAAGAACGCUUGUACGCAUUAAUGCCUGUAAAUUUAACCAAAUAGGGGUAUUUUUAAUUAUAUUUCAAAUUGUGAAACUUGUGCAUGGGUUUAGAUUAGCUAGUUCUUUUUAGAAUAUUCUUAAAGCAGUAUACAUGCAUAUACAUACAUAUAUUAAUAGUGUUCAAAUAUUUACAGUAUUCAAAUCAUACCAUUAAAUUAUUUAUUUAAAGUAAUAAUACAAACAGUUACGAAGAUUUAAUAUUAUCUCGUUUGAUAGUGAUAUCUUUAAUCGAACAAAAUAUCGUGUUUUCUUGGACGUUUUUAAAAAAUUUAUUUGUGUUUUUCAUAAAUGAAGUUAAUUUACUAGAUAAGAUGUAAAAUCAAUAGUCCUGCACAUUGGUAUUACUAAGAUUAUAAAAAAGAAACAACAAUAUUAUUACAUUUUACUUGUACUAAAUAGCUUUCAUAAUUUCUUUUUAUCAAAUAUGAGUAGUACGAAAUUUGUCGUUCAUUCAUUGUUACAUAAUACAGAAGAAAGCUAUUUUGUAAAGAAUGAAAUGCAGUAAACUUCCAUUUUAAAUACUAGUGGAAAUAUUUAUUUAGUAAACUCUAUAUCCUGUGUAUACCGAAUGUAUUGUAAGAAUUACUGUGAUAUAAUUCUAUUCUAAUCAUGCAAUAAUUUAUUUUGUAAUAUUAUUCGAGUUACGUUUUAUAAUACUUAGUUUUAAAAUAUCAAAAGUAUUUCCUAUAAUACACAAGUAUUUGCUAUAACAAUAAUGAAUGUGGUAAUAUUAAUGAAGAAUUAUAUGUAAGCUUUUAACGUUUGAAAAACAAAUUCAGGUGGUCACAAAAUCAAA